AAUUAAUAAUGGCAAAGACAUUAUCUUUAAAUGUAAGGUCUUCGCACCUUGAAGAUAAUAAAUUAUUGCAAGGGGCUUUGUUGAUAAGCCGUUGAUUCUUAAUCAGUGGAAUCGAUCACACGAUGAUAUUGAAUAAGGAAACCAACAGAUGGGAAAAGGGGGUGUUGGAGGGCUGCAUUUGCCGCAUAUAAAUACCUAUCGGGACCGGCGACAUAUCAUAAUUAACGCGUGAAGCUCAGUACAAGACUUUCCGCUUUCGAAGUCAACAAGCUUUCGAGUUUAUUAAAGCUGCACAUCAUGAGAGAAAUUAUCCUACUGCUCUGUGUGUUCUUCGUCGUCCCCGCGGCCUUCGGUAAGUGCUCAACUUCCUUCAAGGGUGAGGGAUGGCCCGACGUUAACUGUGACGUUGACCCUCCGACUCCUGGCGAUGUAAUUCUCUUGCCUGAUCCUUACAACUGUGCAAGUUUCUACAUCUGCGUAGGGCUUAAACCGGUCAAGAAAUUCUGUCCGAAUGGUCUCUACUGGAACCCCGAUUUGCGCGUUUGUGAUUGGCCACAGAAUGUCGAUUGUUGCGAUUAUGUAAAGGCCUGAUAAGAAAUGUACUUUUUUCCAGUUAUAAUAAAUUAGAUGACGAUUUUGCGUUAAUUCAAUUCAAAUAAACACGAUUAUCCCGCG